AUGAACAGAGACGAGAAAAACAAGCAACUCAAGCAAGAAUUAUACAUUGACACAAGUAAAAUCGGAGAGGCAUACAAGAAAAUAAUGCAGACGAUGCCCCUUGAACCCUGCCAAUACAGAAACAAAGUCUUAUACGACCUAAAGAAUUUUCCGAAGAAGAUGUCUUUUUUUGAAAGAACCAUGUCCAGAGUCUGCAAAUGGUUUGAGCCACAGGGAAGAAUUUGA